AUGCCGGAUAGUCCGAAGGUAGCAUUACUCACGUUUGCGGUGUAUGCAGUCAUAUUAUACAAUGUCAAUAGCUUUUUCUGGAAGUUUGUCUUCGUUGGAUAUGUAGUCUUUAGGCUGCUUCGCACGGACUUUGGAAGAAGAGCAGUGGCAACUAUACCGAGAGAUAUUGCGGGACUACGACUCUUGAUUUCUGUGAAAUCGACGAUCAAUGGCUUGUUCAAAAAAGAUCGCCCGAUUCACGACAUUUUCUUGGAUCAGGUGAGACAACAUCCCAACAAGGUGGCUGUGAUUGAAAUCGAGACUGGAAGACAACUGAACUACAGGGAACUCAAUGAACUUGCCAACCAGUAUGCUAACCUCUACGUGAAUGAAGGUUACAAGAUGGGUGACGUGGUCGCCUUGUUUAUGGACAACAGCAUUGACUUCUUUGCGAUUUGGUUGGGACUUUCCAAGAUUGGAGUCGUUUCAGCAUUUAUUAACUCAAACUUGAAAUUGGAACCAUUGGCUCAUUCGAUCAAUGUAUCAAAGUGCAAAUCAUGCAUCACCACCGCUAGUUUAUUGCCAAUGUACCAGGCAGCUGUCGAGAAAAACCUUAUCAGUGACAAUAUUAAUGUAUUCUUGGCAACAAACGAUAUUGAUGGACGUCACAGAAGUCUUGAGAGAGACCUCCAUCUUUUCUCUAAAGAUGAGCCAGCUCCAGUCAACGAACUCAAUUUCAAGAGCGUUCUUUGCUAUAUCUACACAUCUGGAACCACUGGAAACCCAAAACCAGCUGUUAUCAAACACUUCCGUUACUACUGGAUUGCUAUGGCUGCUGGAAGAGCAUUCGGAAUUACCAAACCAGAUGUUGUGUACAUCACUAUGCCAAUGUAUCACUCUGCCGCUGGAAUCAUGGGUAUCGGAUCUCUGAUUGCUUUCGGAUCCACUGCAGUUAUUAGGAAAAAGUUCUCGGCAAGCAACUUUUGGAAGGAUUGUGUCAAGUACAAUGUAACCGCUACACAGUACAUUGGAGAAAUCUGCAGAUAUCUUCUUGCUGCCAAGACAUGCCCUGAAGAAAAGCAACAUAAAGUUCGUCUGAUGUGGGGAAAUGGGUUGAGAGGUCAAAUCUGGAAGGAGUUUGUCGGAAGAUUCGGAAUCAAGAAAAUUGGUGAGCUCUACGGCUCAACUGAAGGCAAUUCCAACAUUGUCAACCUGGAUAACCAUGUCGGAUCUUGUGGAUUCAUGCCAAUCUACCCACACAUUGGAGCCUUCUACCCAGUCCGUCUCAUCAAGGUUGAUCGUGCCACUGGAGAACUCGAACGUGACGUCAAUGGACUAUGUGUUCCAUGUGUUCCAGGAGAGACUGGAGAGAUGGUUGGAGUCAUUAAGGAGAAGGAUGCUCUUCUGAAGUUUGAAGGAUACGUUAGUGACGGAGAUACCCAGAAAAAGAUCUAUAGGGAUGUUUUCAAACACGGAGAUAAGGUAUUUGCAAGUGGUGACAUUCUCCAUUGGGACGAACUCGGAUACUUGUACUUUGUCGACCGUUGUGGAGAUACAUUCCGUUGGAAGGGAGAGAACGUGUCGACCACGGAAGUUGAGGGAAUCCUCCAGCCAGUCAUGGAUGUUGAAGAUGCUACCGUUUAUGGAGUCACAGUUGGAAAGAUGGAAGGUCGCGCUGGAAUGGCUGGAGUUGUUGUCAAGGAGGGAAUCAAUGUUGAGAAAUUCCUCUCUGACAUCACCUCACGCCUUACUGAAAAUCUUGCCUCUUAUGCUAUCCCAGUUUUCAUUCGCCUCUGCAAGGAAGUUGAUAGAACAGGAACCUUCAAAUUGAAAAAGACCGAUCUUCAGAAACAAGGAUACGACUUGGUGGCAUGUAAAGGAGACCCAAUUUAUUACUGGUCAGGUGCCGAGAAAACGUACAAACCCCUCACCGAGAAAAUGCAGCAAGAUAUUGACGCCGGUGUUUAUGACCGAUUCUAA